AUGCAGCUCAUCGCCUCCGUUGUCACGGCCGCCACGCUACUUGGAGCCUCGGUUCAGGCCCAGGAGCUCACUCUUGGACUCAUGUCGCUGCGCUCAGUAUCGCCCAUCCACUUUGGCAGCAUCAACGCUGCCAACAGCAAGUUCUGGAUCUGGGGACCCGGUCCCAAGACCUACUGCCCUCCCAACGUCACCGGCUGCCAAAAGACCAACUCUACUCUUAUCGACCUCUAUGAGAAUGGUGCUGCUGGUCUGUACGCCAACGUCCCCGGUGGACAGGACGUCUUUGUCGCCCCAGACGGCUCGCUCUCCUUCACCGAGCCUCACACUGAGGGCGUCUUUCCCCCGGGCUCCAUCGUGUACAGCGGCUUUACCUAUACUCCCCCCGCCGAGCCCGGCACCGUCGCCAUUCUCGGAUUCAAUGGCAACGGCAGCACCGGCUUCGUUGCCUGCCCCCGAAGCGGCGCCUACCCAUGGCAAAUCUACGUUGACUUGCCCGGCAAAAACUACUCGUCAGACUGCCUGGGUUUUGACGUUGCUGCUGCCAACGUUACCAACGCCCCGAUGCCAUGGGAGUUCAUUUAG